CUGGCCGCUGGAAAGGGAGGGUAGGCGGCAGUUACAAAUGCUCCUCUUAACCCACUGACAGCCUUUGGCACUACUCGAAGUGAGAGAGAGCGAGGAGAGAGAGAGAGACAUUUCUGAGUAUAGAGGGGGAACUUGUUCAGCGGUGGACUUUUAUCAUGCUGAACUGACCAGCGUCUUCCCCUCUGGAAUACUCUACAAAACAACUGCUAGCAGGACGAGACUCGCAACACACGGAUCAUUUCACGGCAAGAAACCAAAAUGCUCAGCUUUGAGCGGCCCCCUCCAUUAGCAGUGAUGCAUCCUGGGAGAGAACCUCCCUCUGUGGCCAUCCUGCCUCUGAGAAACACCCACCACCAGCAACUGCACCACAGGAGGAGAACCAAGAGGAUGGAGAGGGGGAAACCGGGACUGCGCUCCAAGAAACUGGCCAUCCUGUCACGGUCGCUCAUCAUCUGUAGCUCCAGCACCAAUGAGGACGCCUCCAGCCCAGAAGAGAGGUACUGUGAGGCCUGGGACGCUGGACUGGAGGAGGGAUACCACAGGGACCCGCUGGAAGGGCCAAUGGGAAGUUCGGAAAAGUGCAUCACGAGGAGCAUCAGUGUCCAGGCGUCUCAGAGGGGACAAGAGGGCCCCAAAAGGACUAUUAGGAGGUCCUUCUCCAUCAAGGAAAGCAGUUUUUGGAGAAUGUGUGUCGCCACACGUGAGGAGGGUCUACAAGUGGGUGAUAACAAACUUCAGUCCAACGACAAUGGGGCUACUGUUGGCCAGGAUUUACACAGGGACACUUAUGUCUACUUUGGAGACAGGCUUGCCCCAUUUAACGGACAGGUUAUAAACGAUCAAAGAAAACAGGAGCCUGAUCCAGAGAGAAAGCCUGUGCUGAAGACUGUGUGCAGAACCACCAGUACUGAAGGUUUCUCUCCAUGUGAAACCAGAGCUCUGUCCACUAAUGUCAAUGAAUCAGACCAGCUUGGCUACAGUUUCGGAGAAAAGGAGGUGAUGGGAAACAACAAUAACUUGAAGAUGCCAAUUAUUAAGGUGUCAGACGAUGACAGCAAGAACUGCGAUGAUGAGGAUCAGAGCUGCCAAGAGACGUCCUGCAAAAGAUCUCGCUCCAACUCCACCAGCGUUCACCCGUACUGGAUCGGAGACUUGGAUACCAUCAUUAUGAAGACGCCAGAGCUGUUCCCGUGUCACGCCCACGCCACCACAGGAUUUUACGGCAACAGGAAGUCUCUCUCUCAACAGCUGGAAUUUCCUCAUAGCAUUCCACAGGCUGUGGUUAGACCAUCUCGCUCUCUAAGUUCAGCGCACUUGGUCCCCUCCUGCAGUAGUGUACAGGCAUUCAUCAUCUCCAACAUCGUGCUCAUGAAGGGCCAUGGCAAGGGCCUGGGAUUCAGUAUAGUAGGAGGCAGAGACAGCAUGUACGGCCCAAUGGGGAUUUACGUGAAGACCAUCUUCCCUGGAGGUGCAGCGGCCGCUGAUGGAAGACUACAGGAAGGAGACGAGAUACUGGAAUUGAAUGGCGAAUCUCUGCACGGCUUGACACAUGAAGAAGCCUUACACAAGUUUAAACAAGUGAAGAAGGGUUUGUUAACGCUGGUGGUGAGGACCAGUUUGCGGGUGGGCUCCAUGCUGGGCAGCAACGGACAGGUUUCUCAGUUAUGCAGAUCCAGAUCGCUGAGCUCCAGCACCGGUAUAAGUCGAGUCAGUGCUGAUUUGGGAGACUAUAACUGCCUUAAUAACUCUGCAAAACCCCAGGACAGAGUCAUGAUGGGGAUCAUGUUGCAGAAGGAGAUUGGCGUAGGUCUAGGCAUUGGCUUGUGCUGUGUACCUUCAGCUGGCGGCUACCCGGGAAUCUUCAUUCACACGCUGUCGCCAGGAUCAGUGGCACACAUGGAUGGACGAUUAAGAUGUGGCGAUGAGAUCAUGGAGAUCAAUGACACCGUGGUUUGCAACAUGACAUUGAACGAUGUGUACACGGUUCUGAGUCAGUGCAGCCCGGGCCCGGUUCAGAUCAUCAUCAGUCGACACCCUGACCCAAAAGUUUCUGAGCAGCAGCUCAAUGAUGCAAUCGCUCAGGCGGUGGAGCACAGCAGACUGAGGAGAGACAGGAGUCAGUGGAGUAUGGAUGGAUGUAACAGCAGUCUGAAGAGAUUAGAACCCUGUUCGCACAGCAGACAGAAGUGCAUCCGCUGUCUGGACAGGAGCGGAAGCCAUCUGACCUGUCGACGAGCACAGAAACCCAUGAUCCGAUCCUGCAGUGAGGGCGCCUACAGCCAGAGCCAGCGCUGUACACCAGCCAGCGCCACCACUCAAUCCCUUCUACAACCGGAGCACGUCACCAGAGUACAGAGCUUGGACGUCUCUUUAACAACCAACAGUGAAACCUCACUCAAUAACACAUUUUCUCCAGCCUCGUUCACUGAUGAUGACUAUAACAUUCCCUAUAAAUGUCCAGUAAAUUUCAUUGGACAACAAACAUUAGAUGUGGAUACAGGUGGGGUGAGAAAUUCUACGCUAGGACCAACAAAUCAGACACGAAGGUACUGCAGACGACAGGAAGUCACCAGUCAGGAAGCGCUGACUGAUUCGAGCGGCUCUAGUCGAGGUUCUCCGGUAAAAGAGGAAGAUCUGCUGCCUUCUCAAAGCAAUUGCCAGGAAGUGGUUGAACACGCAGAAGUCAGAACUAAAGCAUCUGCCUGUAUCUCCGAGCCUAAAAGUGACUCAACACACAGAGGGGACAGACAUCACAAAGGUUCAGAGUCCCCAUCUCAAGUGUGUAGUCCGAGUAAGCGGGUCAGUCUGAGACGUCAGGCUCGUUUGGAGGUCAGUACAGAUCAACCACUUGACCCUUGGGUAAAGCUGACCGAAAGUCCAGAGAACCAGUCAUUCUGCUCCAAAAACAUGGGUGACCAUAAUGGAGAUGCUGAAGUUAACAACACUGCCUCUGAAACCACAAACAUCACCUCAGACUCCAAAUAUGAACAACCUCCCAAUGGUAAAAAAGGGCCCCCGGUGGCUCCAAAGUCUGCAAGAGUACGUCAAAGCAUGAAGAGUAUUAAAUCUGGGAAACCGAUAACAGAGGCUUUGAAGCACCCAGAUAACAGCAGCCACGAUACUGGCAGGACCUUUGGGAUUAGUCGGAGGGCUGCUUCAUCAGGAGGCAAUUUGUCAAUCAGGCAGAAGAUCAGCUCGUUUGAGACUUUCUCAAGUGCCGAAGGAGCCGAAAAGCCGAACAGGCGACUGGCCCCAACAGCAUCUCUUCCUCCAAUGGCUAAAAACUCAUCUGCAGACUACAGCAAUGCAGAGAGAACCAAAAUUAACACAAGCAACUUGCACAAUAAUGAUAACUGCCAGUCGACACCAACAAUUUCAGCCACCACCCAACUGCCAGAGGAAGAAGAGCAAACAGCUUCCCUCAGUUCAGAUAUCAUUUCAGCGCCCCAUCCUGCAGAGGAAGAAAAACAAUCAACUUUUCAUGAUUCAGAGCCCUGUAAGCCAAUCCCUAUUGAGGAACCCGUGCUGGACUCAAAAGAGCUUCCACCUGCUGCUGAGAAUGAGCAAGAACCCCAACCUUCUGAAGAGGAUUUGCCCCCGUCAAGCCACGUACCAAGAAGAUCUAGCAGCUCCAAAGAGGGUCUUGGAGAAAAAACAGAAGGUGCUGGAACUCAUACGGUGAGCUUGAGGACCCGAAGUCUACCCCUCAGUCCCUCUUCAGAUAGCCCCACCUCAAGCGGAUUGGAAGGGGAGAGUCUGGGGAUAAUCUUGUCCUUCAGCAACCAGGUGUCCAAUGCUCUGAUGCGAUCCAUGCAAUCCCUGCCGCAGUCCCCUUGCAUUCGAAUUGGGAACCCUUGGAGCGCCCCACCUGGAUCCCCUCUUCAUAACCCAAUAGAAGAAGACUCUUCUACCGAAAAUCCCUCACCUUCACCAGCACUAGAAAACAGUGAGAGGGGUUUCUCUGUUAGCUUGGCUGAACUGAGAGAGCGCACCAUCGAAAGAGGGGAGGAGUGCGAGGAGGAACGGAAACCUGAACGACCGCUCACUUCAGCCUCAGCCCUCUGUGCCCAAUCGAUGCUCUCGGCCCUUCCUCAACAGGAGAUUCAGCGGAUGAUUCAGGAAGUCAAGGAUCUGGAUGAAGACACGCUAAGGCAACUGGAAGGCAUCCAGGUUGUGAUUCUACAUAAAGAAGAAGGAGCUGGCUUGGGUUUCAGCAUUGCUGGAGGUAUUGAUCUGGAGAACAAAGCAACUACAGUUCACAGAGUGUUUCCCAGUGGCUUGGCAGCUCAGGAGGGCACCAUUGAAAGAGGAGAUGAGGUGUUGUCCAUUAAUGGUCAAACGCUAAAAAAUGUCACGCACAGCGAUGCCACGGCGAUACUCAGGCAAGCCCGCACCAUGAAGCAGGCUGUGGUGGUGGUGUCCAAGAACAAAGAAGCAGAAGGAAAGGGAAGCGCUAACGCUAAUGAGUCUAGCAGCAGCGGGGCAGAAAGCAGCGUCACAGGGGACGAUGGAGGUGAAGCUGUAACAAUCGAGCUGGAGAAGAACGCGGGUGGAGUUGGAUUCAGUCUUGAGGGAGGAAAAGGCUCCAUUAACGGAGACAGACCACUAACCGUCAACAGAAUAUUUACAGGAAGUGACGCUGAGCAAAAGGGGCUGAAGUCUGGCGACGAGGUACUGCAGAUACAGGACUCGUCUCUGCAGGGUCUCACACGCUUUGAGGCCUGGACAUUCAUCAAAGGUCUGAACGACGGGCCGUUCACACUCGUCAUUAAGAGAAAAAGAUGCGAGUAGAACGAAAACUCCAUUCAAAAGCAAAAGCAAAGAAAAAACAGAACACAUUCUGGACUACAAUUUUGAAUCAACUUUAAAUUAUGCAAAAAUGUUAUUUCAAGCCUUGAGGAAAUGCCUCCAAUUGCAUAAAAAUGACAAAUCAUAAUUUCUUCAAAGCAGGUUUCCCAGUUGUUUCGACCAAUGAGUUUAGUCUAUUUUUGCAGAGGUUGCAAUACAAGAGAGCAAUUAAAAAAAAAAAAUCAAGUAUUUUAGAUUUGAGCCAGAAACAUGCAUAUUCACAUGACUUUUCACAUACCUCCCCACUCUCAUGAGUUUCACAAUUUAAAAAUACCCUUAUAUUUCCAGGUUUUCCAAGACUGGGAAACUUGCUAGGAUCAUUCAGUUGCAUUUAUUGCUCCAUAUAUGCAUUUCGACAGUUGUAUGACUUUCAUAUCUUGUAUGACGUGCAUGAUGUGCAUCACUGCAUGAUGUGGUACUACGUGAUCAGGAAAGUUUGUUUUUCUGAGCAGAGUCUUAUAGCACUUCGCUGUGCUGGAGUUGUACUGUUUUACUGUCACGAUCAGGGAUUCAUAAAAAAAAAAAAAAAAGAUUCUUGUCAAGUCCUGUUUUGAUGCAAUGAUUUGCACAAGCCUGUAAAUAUACACUUUCAGAUAUCACAUUAUAUUUCUCUACAUCAUUUCACCAAAGCCGAAUGUAAAGAACGUGUCAUGAAGUGAUCGAGGCACAAUGUUUUCAAGAGGAAAACAAAUGGACUAAGCAUUAAGUAUAAUUUUAAUAAUAAUUAUUUGUUUGCUUUGUCAAACGCUGCCCCUAACAGCACAUCACUCUUGUUUUUCAUCAUAUGCAGAAAUAAUAAAUACAUAAAAAAAAAAAUCUAUGCUCUUCUAUUAGAUUCCACCUUUGUCUUGUUAGUUAGGUAUUUUUGGUUUCCCUUUAAAAGAAAAGCCUUAAUAUAUUGAAAUGGUGUCAGAACAAAGAUGAAUAUUAAAUGUAAUUACUUGGUAAGGUUUGUAAUGUCCAAAUAAAGUAUGAUACAAAUCAUAAACGAGGUCAAUCAAUCAUUUUUAAUAUCCGAAAAACAGAAUCAAACAAUGGGUUUGACAAAGUGCAAUUUCUUUUUGGGUAUUAACACACAGUACACAGACGUCCCAUUGUGCAACUACACUGAGCAAAAAUAUGUUUGAAAUCAACAGGAAAUGACAAUUGACACAAUUUGAAUGCAUAUUUCAGGGUCUUAUAAUGCGUGAUUCAUCAUCAUUCAUCAUGUUAUUAGCAAAAAACAGUUCAGCGUCCAAUUCUCGCUAUUAACUAGUCGCUUAUUUGCAUGUAUAUUACUAGUAUAUUGGCUGUUUAUUAUUACUUAAUGAGCACACAUUUAUGCCUUAUUCUGCAUGAGCAUAUUCAAAAUCCCUUAAUCCUACCCAAUUUCAUACUACUUUGCCAACCAUUAAUAAGCAGAAAAUAAGAG